AUGGCUUACCUCUACCCGGCCGGUGUCUCCACCACCGCUCUCAUUGUGGUGGGAUUGUAUUUGCUCUUCCACGGAGAGGGAGAAGCGUUCAAUUUCGGCCGUUUCCUUGAGGAAGUUUCUCCUUAUGCUUGGGCAAAUAUUGGAAUCGCUUCGUGUAUCGGCUUCUCAGUUGUCGGCGCAGCAUGGGGUAUCUUCCUGACCGGCUCAUCGAUUGUUGGUGGUGGUGUCCGAGCACCCCGUAUUCGCACUAAGAACUUGAUCUCCAUUAUUUUCUGUGAAGUUGUCGCUAUCUACGGUGUCAUCAUGGCCAUUGUCUUCUCCUCCAAGCUCAGCCCGGUACCCGAAGGCGGAAUCCACACCUCUAGCAACUACUACACUGGAUACGCAGUCUUCUGGGGAGGAAUCACAGUUGGCGUCUGCAAUCUUAUUUGCGGUAUCUCCGUUGGUAUCAAUGGAAGUGGUGCUGCCCUUGCCGAUGCAGCCGACCCCAGCCUAUUCGUCAAGAUUCUUGUCGUCGAGAUUUUCAGCUCAGUCCUGGGUCUUUUCGGACUGAUUGUUGGUCUUCUCGUGGCCCAAAAGGCGUCGGUUUUGGAGGCGGCCUGA